AUGGCCUUCACGGACCUCACGUCCUCUGCCAAUGGCCGCACAAGUUUCAGCCGCGGCACGGACCGGAGCAACAGCAAAGGCCUGAAACUGGGUGCCACGAUGAAGAAGAAAAUGACGAUCAAACCCUUUAAAGUUACGCCCAAAUUACCCGAAUCUUUUGAAGAAAAUACGUGGAAAACGCUCGAGGAGGCGGUACAUGCUGUGCACGAGAAGCAGAUGUCGUCGCUUAGCAGAGAAGAGCUCUAUCGCUCGGUCGAAGACAUGUGCACCUGGAAAAUGGCAGCCAGGUUAUAUACACGACUGGAGGAGACAUGUGCAGUGCACGUUCGGGAGCGGGUGGAAGAUCUCGUGCAAUACACGGGCGGUAAUAUGGAUUUAUUCCUCGAAGCCGUGCAUCGACUCUGGGAAGACCAUUGCGAAGAUAUGCUCGUGAUUCGCACGAUUUUUCUCUACUUGGACCGCACGUACGUCAUGCAGACGCCGCACGUUGCGUCCAUUUGGGACAUGGGACUGAACUUGGUGCGCAAUAAUUUCGUGCAGCGCCAGAGCAUGGAAACGAUGCUGAUUGACGCGCUGCUGGAACUGGUGGAAUCAGAACGCCAAGGCAAAGCUAUCAACCGCACGCACCUGUACACAUUACUGCGGAUGCUGCUGGCGUUGCAUUUGUACCAUGCGGAUUUUGAGACGCCAUUCUUGAUGGCAUCCGAGAGGUUUUACCUGCAAGAAGGAGCUGCAAUGAUUGAGUGUGUGAGCGUGUCGCAAUUUCUUGUGCACGUUGAGAAGCGUCUGCACGACGAAAUCGAGCGUGUGAAUCACUACCUUGAUGUAUCGACGAAGAAGCAAUUGAUUCUGGUGGUCGAAAGCAAAUUGCUGAAACCACAUGUGGCCACAUUGCUAGAGCGCGGAUUCGAAUCGUUGAUGCAUGGAGGGCGCAUUGGAGACCUGAAGCGGAUGUACACCCUUUUGGCAAGGGUCGACGCAAUUAACGAUCUCAAGACAGCGUUCUCGGAUUACAUCCGGAAGAACGUGUCCAAGCUGGUCAUGGAUGAGAAACAAGAGAAAAACUUUGUGGAGAAAGUGCUCAAGCUGAAAGCUGACUUGGACGCGGCCCUCAGCAACUCGUUUCAGUCGAAUGUGGACUUCUCAUUUGCCAUGAAGUCAGCAAUGGAGACUGCAAUCAACGUGCGCGCGAACCGUCCUGCUGAGCUUGUGGCAAAGUUUGUUGACGCUAAGCUUCGGACUGGCAACAAAGGUGGCACUGAAGCAGAAGUGGAGAGUCUCCUGGACCGUGUUAUGUUUAUCUUCCGGUACAUUCAAGGCAAAGACGUGUUUGAGGCCUUUUAUAAGAAGGAUCUUGCGAAGCGUCUCCUUGUGGGCAAGAGCGCUUCAUUCGACCUGGAAAAGCUAAUGCUGUCCAAGCUGAAAACGGAAUGCGGUAGCUCAUUUACGAACAAGCUUGAGGGCAUGUUCAAGGAUAUCGACCUAUCGCAAAAUGUAAUGACCCAGUUCCAGCAACACGCUGCAAGCAGGAACGCGUUGGAAGCGCUGCACGGACACCGUGGCAUUCCCGAUAUGCAUGUUCAGGUUCUUACGACUGGAUUUUGGCCACCCUACGCUGCUGUAGAGAUUAAUCUACCUGCGUCGCUGGUUUCUCUGAAAGAGAUAUUCGACAAGUUCUACUCGUCCAAGUAUCAAGGACGUCAGCUCCAGUGGCAGCACUCUCUCGCACAGUGUGUAGUGAAGGCUGCAUUUCCAUCAGGCAAAAAAGAGCUUGUGGUGUCGCUCUACCAGACCGUGGUCCUACUGUGUUUCAACGGGGCAGAUUCGUUGGGUUACAAGGAGAUCAAGGAACAAACGCGUAUUGAGGACGGCGAGCUUCGACGAACCUUGCAAUCGCUUGCCUGUGGUAAAACGCGAGUGCUACAGAAGGUACCGAAGGGCAAAGAUGUGAAUGACGAUGACUUGUUCGAAUUCAACACCCACUUCACGAACCAAUUCAUCCGCAUCAAGAUCAAUUCCAUUCAAAUGAAGGAGACGAAGAAGGAGAAUGAAGAUACGCACGAGCGUGUGUUCCGAGAUCGCCAGUACCAAGUGGACGCCGCAAUUGUCCGCGUCAUGAAGGCGCGCAAGAAAUUAUCGCACGCGCUACUGAUGUCGGAGAUCUUCACGCAGAUUCGCUUCCCUGCCAAGGCUGCCGAUAUCAAGCGCCGUAUCGAGAGUCUUAUCGACCGAGAGUACCUUGAGCGAGACUCGACCAACGCCCAGAUGUAUAACUAUUUAGCGUGA